GGGCGUAGGAGCUUUCGACCCUCGAUCACAAGGACAAGGCGCGGGAGAAGGAUGAGGGCGACGAGGAAGAGCACGCAGAAGAAGCGGUGAAGGUUCUUUUCCGUUUCCUCUGCAAUGUGCUCCGUACCCGCUCUGGCUCAAGGGAGGCCGGUAGACGGCCAGCGGCUCGCGGGAUGACUGGGUCAUUCUGGGAUGUGGUUUCUGGCGCGAUGGACGUGAAGAGGGCGGAGGCGAAGGGCGAGGCCCAAAGGGGCAGCAGCGCGGGCCCGGCGGCCGUCCAGAGGAGAGAUGGCUCUGGCCCGUUCAAGCUGAGGCGGAUCGUCAGAGUCCACAGGGAGAAGGUGUGCGGCGCGGCCGCCUCCGGGGGCACGUUCGCCGCGACGUCUUCGGACGGCACCGUCAAGAUUUAUUCAAUCGCUUGUAUUGCAUGCCGGCGAAUAAUUUGCAGCAGGACAAGGUGGUGAAGAUUUUUGGCGAGGCCAAGUGUCGAUGGGCGAAUCAGACGAGCGCCCAAGCGGCCAUCCCCCGCGCCACUUCGCCUCGACGGCCUCGAACGAACUCGAGGGCUUCCUCGUUGUUCGAUUCGAGCGUCCUGGCGCCUGGCAAACCGCUCGCGGGGCUGGUACUGGAGAAGCCGCAGAAGCCGAUGCCGAAGAUGAGCCCACUUCGCUCAGUGGCCAUUUGCGAUAUCCCCGGUAUGGACCUCCUCGCCUGUGGGUGCCUUCAGGGGUCCGUGCACGUGUGGAACUAUUUGCGGGAGGAGAGGAUUCUAGAGCUUGAAGGGCACGCCAAGGCCGUGAACAGCGUUGCCUUCCAUCCGUCUCAGCGGCUGCUUUGCAGCGGCUCGGACGACCGAACGGCCAGGAUAUGGGACAUGGCCAACCUCGAUGGCACCCCGCUCAGACUGCUGCAGGGCCACGGCAAAGAAGUUCAGUGCGUAUCUUUCCUUGGGAUUUCCAUGGAGUACUGCGUAGCCACCGGCUCCAUCGACACCUUCGCGCGGAUCCACGACAUGCGCGAUCAGAGUUUGGUCAGGAAGUUGCCGUUCCAUUCGAAGCAUAUCACUGGGCUGGCCUUCUCGGAGAGCAAGUGGCUGCUCGCCACGGGAGGGGGCGACGGGAUGAUCGCCCUCUACGACGUCAGGACCUGGCAGAGGCUGCACGCCAUCGACGCCGACUCGGACGGCAGUAGCGGCGAGGUGAGGCAGGUGGCCAUCGACGGCACCGGCACCAGGCUUGCGGCCGCUUGUGGGACUGGCAACGUCCUGGUGUACGACGUCGGCCAGCGCGCACACGCGGCGCGGGUGGCGAAGCUGGAGGGCCACGAGGAGGGCGCGGUCGAUGUCGCUUGGGGCGUGGAGCACACUAACACCGGCAGACGCCGGGUGCUCGUCUCCGCGUCGCACGACGCCACCAGCAGGGUGUGGGCCGAGAGGUAGCCCUCCUGGGCGGAAGGCGGAUUCUCCCGCGCUCGAUCGGCCGAUCCCGCGCGUCCGCCCGCGGGCGCCAGCUCACCUGGUUAAUGCCUUCCUGCCUGACUCGCUCGGCCCACUCUGGUAGGUCGAGUGUGGCAGCGGGGCCCACGCCGGGGGGCGACUUCGGCUGGGGCCCCAGAGCAGUGGCACUGGCGCGGGUGCCGUCCAGUACCGUUCGCCACGCGGCUCAGGGCACAAACGAUUCCUCCGUGAGAGGCUUUGCCA